AUGGCAUCUCCGCAACGCAAUGCCCACUCUGAAGCCCCCAUGGUCGAGCAGAUCAUCACAGAAUUCUUCGCGAAGAGCCUCCAUAUUAUCCUCGGGUCGAGGUAUCAAUGCGCUUCUUCCCGCAACUGCUGCAGCGGAGACCCCUCGACCUCGUCGCCUUCCUCGUCAUCUUCAACCUCCAGCGUUCGCCCUAGGGACAAGUGGUUCAACCUGGCUCUCGGGGACUGUCCCGCCGCCCUGGAGAACAUGGAUCUGUGGGGCGUCGGAGAGAGCAACUUCGCCCCCCUGGUCAUCGACGUCAUCCUCGUCCGGCGACCUUCAGACCUGGACCAGACCCACCGUCCCCCCGGCGGGUGUCUGGUUAGGAACAUCUCUGCAAAGGAUCGAUACCCUAAUUGCUGGAGCUUGGAGCAGGACGAACCUGGCACAGAAAGACGGGAGAAGAUCAUAGAAAGAUGGGUGGUGCAGUACGAGAGCAGAAACAGCGGAGGCUGCGCAGGGAUGACGGAGCCGAGCUCGGGUGGGAGGGGGAGGACCACCAGUGGUAGCUCCCAUUCCUCUGAAAUGUCUGCGGCUCAGAGGAAGGUGUACAAGAGGUCCAUCAUCCUGCUCAGAUCUCUGUAUUUGACCGUGAGGCUUCUCCCUGCUUACAAGAUCUUCAGAGACCUUGUUUCCACCGGCCAGGUCCUCCCUUUCAGCCUCGCCCACAGGAUUUCUUCCUUCGUGGAGCCCUUCACUCGGGUGGAGGACGAGGAGAUGCAGCAGUACACCUUCUCCCCCAUUGACACUCCCUGUGGCCGCCUCUGCCUCUCUGUCUCAUAUCUUCCGACAUUGGAGAACCUCAGCUCGGAACCCUGGACGCCAUUAUCAGCUCAGUUGAUCUCAGAUUACGUCGGAAGCCCGUUGGCGGACCCCCUCAAGAGAUUCGAGUGUCUGCCCUCUGCAGUUCCCAUCCCCACAUAUGUCUCCUUCACCAGGCGCCAUAGCUGGAGCAACAGCCAUCGGAGUACCCCCUCUGCAUCUCCUUCGCCUUCACCCACCCGCUCAUGCACCAGAACCUCAAGCCAGCAGGCGAAUCCCGAGCUUCCUCUUCCUGGGUGGAGGGCUUCUGGUAGUUCACUACCAAAGGGCUUGAUCAUCCCCCACAGGGCAGCAUCUCUAGUCCACAACAAGGGUAUAAGCUUUGAUGAACAGGAUCGGUCACCAUCAUCCUUGCCGUCGUCUUCUGCUUCCCCUCCAUAUCUUCCUGCUCGUGUUUCCUUGAAUGCUCUCUUGCGCACAGAGAGUGCCCCGGAGAGGGUGCCCCUUCCUCAGAGGAACAGUUGCUUGUCAAAUGACGCCCUGCCUCCAUUGCCCUCGCCAAGGGGAGCGAGGCCUCAUUGCCAUUAUUGGGCGGAUAAUGUCAGGGCUCAAGAACAUGCACCCUCUUCAUCUCAGCCGUCUCCACCAGACGGCAGAUUUCAGGCAAAGCCAGAAUCACUCCAGGGGGAGUCCCAGCCCGGCGUAAUAAUCCAGAAGGUCUAAUCUCUUAGCAAUGUCUUUUGGGUCUUCCAAUUAAAGAAAAGUUAUCAUAGUAUUAGGGUUUCAUUGGGUCUUCUGCAGGUUCCUUCUCAAGGGGCAACAAAUUCUGGUAAUCUUCUUGGAGGAUUGAUGGCAGCCUGCACUUCGCCAAGGUUGCUACCAAACACCAGCAACACGAUUAGGUUAUCUAUGCUGGAUGAGUUUGUCAAUUCCGGGUUCCUCUGCCCGUUUGUAGAAGAUGACGACUUCAGGUAAUGAAAGUCAACUCUCCGUAUUCAAAUUUUACAUUGAUCUCGAUAGGGGUAAUGCUCUUCAUUUCUCUAUGAUUCUCUUGGUGAUCUACGCUCGAUCAAGUAUAAUUCUUGCUUGAUCAUCUAUACUCCAAACUGUAUCUGAUAUCUUUAUCUGAACAAAUGGAGAAAAACCCACCCACCUGCCCUCCAUGAAAUCGAGAACAGAAAACAAGAAUUGGCUAGAAGAGGGAUAAUAAUAUCUUGGGGGGGGUGGGGGGUGGGGGGAUGAUCCGCCCGUACAACCCUCUGGUGAUGGGCAGAAGAUGACGAACAGGGGAGAGGGGAAUGGGAUAAGAAGUAGAGAAAAACUCGUGGCAUCCACCAUCUCUUCCGCCAGCCAUUGCUGCUGUCUGUGGUGUUCUUCACCUCACUGCCCCAUCCCACAUCUAUAUGGAAUGCUGUUUGUGCGCUAUUUCCCAUUAGAUGCCGUCAAUAUGGUUCUCAAGAUUCUGAUUAUUGUUUUUUUUAAUCCGAAUAACCCUUUUACUCUAGAGUGGCUGUUUAUGACCAUAGUUCUAAACAUUGGUAAUCAGCUGUAAUACAUUUAUCUAUACUAUAUUUGGAAAGUGGGUGUGAGAUCAUAACUUUUUUGUGUAUAUAGAAUCAUUACACAAAUACUUCGACAGUUUUAGCAACAGCCUCUCAUGUUCAGGAAUCUCUGCUGCAAUCCGAAUUGGGGUGCCAUUCACUUUUUUUCUUUAGCUUAUUAAUCUCUUCAUGGGCAGUAUAUGCAUGCAAGAUGUGCUAUAAUUAUUUUCUUUUAAAGUUAGCUUUCCUUUUGUGCGAAGAAAUAAAUAAAUAAACAUAAUUUAAUCCUAAAAACUGCAGCAGAUCUGCUUAUGAAUCCCUAAAUCACUAUUCUGGCAUUCACGUCAUUUGUUGAGAUUAUUGGGUCUCAUAAUGGGUAUUUUAUCCGAGUAAUAGAUAAUAAAAUUAUUUUCCUUGAGAGUUGGUUUUCUUUUUGUGAAAAUAAAUAAAUAUGAUUUAGAUUCUGCUAAACGUGGAAAACUUGCUUAUGAAUCCUUCAAUAAUUACACAAAAUUUCGAUGACGACUUCUUCAGGCCAGGAGCUUCAGCUCUAAUCUGAAUUUAUCUUCAUUUAUCGAGUUUAUUUGGACUUUUAAUGGGUAUUAUCCAUGUAGGAGACAAUAUAAAAUUACUUUCUCUUUAAGUUGGGUUUCAUUUUGUGCAAAUAACUUGAUAUGAUCUUUGAUUAUGGAAACUGAUAUGGAGAAUCAUAGAUCCUUCUUCAGAACCCAGAUGGUUCACUACCCUAAUCAGGGAUUCAGCACUCUCUUGUGGUGUGGCUGUUGGUUUCCUCCAUGCAUCAAGACGAGACACAUGAAACCUAGUUUCUGCAUCUGUCCUCCCUUCCAAGAGUUUAAUCCCAUGGAAUGUUUAAUGUAUGGUUUCAUUAUAGGCUCCUAAUGUCAGCCCAAAAAUCCGGGUCUUGUAGCAUCCCCACUACCACUUCCCUGCUCAACUCUCUCUCUCUCUUUCUCUCUUUCUCUCUCUCUCUCUCUCUCUCUCUCUCUCUCUCUCUCUUUCUAUCUCUCUAUAUCUCUCUUCCCCUUCAUCUUAAUUCUUCUUCCUGCACAUCUUCUUCUUCUCUGUGUCUCUCUCUUCUUCUUCUUCUUUUUCUUCUCUCUGUAGAUAUAGCUAAGCAUCUGACUGACAAACUCCGAUGUAUUCUCCAGGGCGGAUCCUCCUGAAGAAAGAGAACCCACUGAUCACCUGGACUUCGGUGGGCUCCUCCCAGUGAGAAAAUCCCAGGGCGCCGCCGUUGGUGAGCUCGUCAUCAUGCUUAAACAUGCCCCGCCACUGCACCAAGACCCCCACAAGCUAGAAAGCCCACCGCCGCAGCCUCAAGAUGAACCUCAUAGUAGAGGGAGGGCGAUGGUUGUCGAGAAGAACCUCGAGUCGCCCACCGCUGCUGCUCCGCCAUCUCUUCUCCGGUCGAGGACAACCUCCGACGCAUUGGAAGAGCUCAAAAACUAUAGAGAGAUGAAGGACCUCCUACUCCAACAAGGCGGCCCAUGCCUUUCUACCACUAUUGUCAGAAAAUCCCCUACUUCCUCAUAA